UCCUGCCAGAUUGCACCUUCCCACCCCUCCCAGCUGCAGGUGUGAAAAGCUGCCAGCCUGCUCAGUUCCUAAAUCAGCAUCGGCAGGGCUGGCAGACUUCUAGAGGGCGGCUGUGUGCUAGUGAGCAGUGUAAACCUGCUCUAAAACUUGUGUCAAAGGCUUAGGAUGGGCCAGGUGCCCUCCUGUGCCCUAGGCUGUGGUUGUUUCUUCCCAAACCCAGGCCAACCCAGAGGGCUCAUGACCUCAGCCUGGACCUGCUCUCUGCUUUCCCGUGGAGACUGGCGCCUGCCAGGGCUGCGACGUGGUGCCGUGGCUGGCUUUUGCUAACCCUGCUCCCAGCUCAGGGCCCUUCUUCACAUCUAAAAGGAUCCUAUUCUCUCUCCAGCCUCCCAACCUUAACAUACGCCUGGAUUUCCAGGCUCUUAGGCCUGACCUGAACUCACACCCACUCCCUGAAGGCUACCUACAUUCAAGGAGAUUUAAAUGAGUCUAGAGCCAGAAUCAGCCUGUAGCCACCAACCCCUCAAACCACCCAAGACCAGUGGGAUGUGCUCAGCAGGCGUCCUCCAUUCCAGCCUCCUUCCCUGUCCCAUGGUCCUGAGUAGAGAGACCAGCUGACCUCACCACCAAGGCUCCAGGGUCCCGAUGAGCAGAUCAGCCAGCCCCAAGUAUGCAGGAGGAGGGACACCCAAGGGCGAGGCUGGGGCCUCCGGGCCAAACACGUGAGCUGGACUUCAGAGCUGAGCUCCCACUCCAGCCCGGAAUGCGAAUGCAAAUCAAGCAGACGGAGGAAAGGUCAGGGUAAGCCGGCCACCUUGGGAGUCAAAGGAGCACAGGGUUACCUGAAGCCCACCCCAGCAGGGCUCAUGAGGCUAAGCCAGUCCUAGAUGUCAGCGGGCAUGUCUGUGGGCAGCGUCCCUGCCUGCCUCGGGAGUGGAGCAAGCGCUGCCUGUGGCAGAAAUAGUAGGUGGGAAAAAUCAGUAUCUAACAGCACAGAGCUUCCCCCGCAUUACACACAGGAUCACCAUGGGAUCCAGCAGUCUCACUCCUGGGUAAAUCCCCAAAGGAAUGGGAAGCAGGGACUUGGGGAGAUAUUACACACUCUUAGUCAUAGCAACGUUAGUCACAGUAGCCAAAAAGUGGAAACAACCCAAGUGCCCGUUGAUGGAUGAAUGUGGUCUCUCCAUACAAUGGAACACUACUCAGCCUUAAAAAGGAAGCGAAUUCUGACACAUGCUACACCACGGAUGAACCCUGAGCAACUUAUGCUGAGUGAAAUAAGCCAGUCACAAAAAAACAAAUAAUAUAUGGUUCCUCUUAUAUGAGCUACGAAGAAUUGUCAAACCCACAGGGACAGAAAGCAAAAUAGAGUUACCAGCAGAUGGAGAGGGGAGGAAUGGGAAGUUACUGUUUAAUGGGUACAGAGGUCAGUUUUGCAAUCUGAAAAACUUCUGGAGAUGGCUGCACAACGCUGUGAAUAUACUUAAUGCCACUGAACUGCACAUUUAAAAAUGGUUAAAAUUGUAAAGUUUGUAUUAUGUGUAUUUUACCGCAAUAAAAAUAGAUCAGUAUCUGGAACUGAGAGGGCUGGGGGUUGGAUGCCCGCAGGUAGGUGCUUCCAUCCAUCACACGUGAAAUGAGGAAGGGGCUGUUCGCCUGGCCACAAGGGGGAACUUCACCCCUGGGCUGUGGACACAAAUUUGACUUCUUGGAACCCUGCCAGGUGGGUCUCUCUGGUUUUAACGCUUUGAAAUCUGUCCUGGGUUUUGCUGAAGGAGCUGGUGUGCCCCCUGCAGAAAGCACCCCAGGCCACUUCACUGUGGUCAGACUCAGGAAGGGGUCCUCAGACUUGCCCCUCAUCAGUGGCUCACUACCGAGACCCCUAGUUCCAGCUGAGUGACGAGCCGCGGUUCCCAGUUGUUGUUUUUUUGAGACAGAGUCUCCUUCUGCCACCCAGGCUGGAGUACAGUGGCGCAGUCUCGGCUCACUGCAACCUCUGCCUCCCAGGUUCAAGCGAGUCUCCUGCCGCAGCCUCCCGAGUAGCUGGGAUUACAGGUGCCCACCAUCAUGCCCGGCUAUUUUUUUUUUUUUUUAGUAGAGACAAGGUUUCACUAUAUUGGCGAGGUUGGCCUCGAACUCCUGACCUAAGGUGGUCCACCCACCUCGGCCUCCCAAAAUGCUGGGAUUACAGGCAUGAGCCACCGCGCCCUGCCCCCAGUUUAUUAAGACACAUUUACAAAUCUAACAGAUGGCUCUCACCUCCUAGGCAUCUCCUGGUCUCUGAAUUUUAAAUCACCACUUUUGUUUCUGCAACAAGAGGGAAAUAACGAAUACCUCAAACCAAUUUCCUUCUUCUCUAGGGAAUUAUAUUUUAGUAUAAUUUACCUGAAAUUAUACUACCCAGAGAUGUUUUUCUGGAAAAAAAAAAUACAUAUUCUGGUUUUUUUUUGAUGAAUCAAACAAUCAAGUCUAAGCUCAUUGUCCUUAUAGAUUUUCAAUGCCUUCAUGGCCUAGGAGGAUGUAAUUACGUUUUUUUUUCUAUUGAAGCGUUAAAGGGCAUUGCUCUUCUUUGCAUCGGUCACUUCCCAGCUCCUCCUGGCUUGUCAGUUUCACAGCUGCCUGGGCUCAGGGGAGGAUGCACUUUCUUUAUUGCAAAUGAGGAAGAGGACCUGCUUGCAAAUUCAGGAACACAUUGAGCCUUGGGUUAAGUAAAUAUUUCACUUAUAUGGGACACUUGGCCUCUGUCAGAAAUUGGUGACCAGCCUGGCCGACACGGUGAAACCUCGUCUCUACUAAAAACACAAAAAUUAGCCUGGUGUAGUGGCACACGCCUGUAGCCCCAGCUAGUUGGGAGGCAGAGGCAGGAGAAUUCAGAAUCGCUUGAACCCAGGAGGCAGAAGUUGAGGUGGGCCGAGAUCUCGCCACUGCACGACAGAGCCAGACCCUGUCUCAAAAAAAGAAAAAAGAAAUUUUAAAAAAGAAAUUGACAGGACAAAGGGGACGUGCAAAAAGAGGGACUUCUUGUUGGCUGAUGCACCUGUAGUGUGAGGAGAAAUCUUUGUCUUUGCCCUCAGAAAGUUCGCUGAAAAUUAGCUGACGAAAUCAGUACGUUCAUAGAGGAAAAGGCAUACAAAUUUAUUGAUCAUACUUUUAUGCAACACAGGAGCCUUCAGAAUGAAGACCCAAAGAUACAGGCAAACUAUCUGUUUUUAUGCUUAGGUUCAAUGAAGUAUGGGCAGCCAUGUAGAUAACACAACUGGACAAAAUGUGUCUGACCUAACGCUGAUGAACUGAGUGGGAAGACCCAGUAAGGCCUGUCUGUCUAGAUUCUUCUUGGCCUCUCUGAGCAGCGUUCCUUCCUUCUGGGUAUAGGGCAGGACCCUCUCUGGAAUGGGGGUCUUAUGACCUACAGUCAAACAAGGUAGGUCAGAGGAUCCCUUCCCUCCCCUCCCCUCCCUUCCUCUUCCCUUCCCAGGCUGGAGUACAGUGGUGAAAUCACAGCUUACUGUAGCCUCGACCUCUUGGGCUCAAGUCAUUCUCCUACCUCAGCUUCUCCAAGUGUUGGGAUUACAGGCGCAUACUACUGUGCCCAGCUAAUUUUUUAUUUUUUGUGGAGAUGCGGUCCUCCUAUGUUGCCCAGGGUGGCCUCAAACUCCUGGGCUCAAGUGAUCCUUCUGCCUUGGCAUCCCAAAGUGCUGGGAUUACAGGCAUAAGCCACUAUGCCCAGCUGAGAAUUUCUUUGUGGCUAGCUUUAACAUAGAAAGAUGUAAAAGGGGAAAUUUCAAGUGACAUUUUUAGGUUUUAUGGCUGGCUUUGGGAAAAAAAGUGUUCUGGUUUCCAGAAACCGCCUUGGGGAAGAGGGAUUCUAGUUUGUAUGGCUACGCCUGUGGGAGGAUGAGGGGCCAGAGACGGGAGGGUCAGAGAUGGGAAAAGGUCAGAGAGAGCUGCUUCUAAGGCUUUCAUUUUUGGGUAACAUUUUCUGAGCCCCAAUACAUAUAACCUGGCAGGUAACCUGGCCUCACUUUCUCCUCACCUGCACACCUACCUGCUUCUACCUGCAGGUCACUGGAGCCCCACUGGGAGCUUGACCCCUGCCCUAACAGGAAGAACAGAAAAUUGCUAGCACAGGGAGAUGGAGCAGUCUCCAGCCUGCUUUGGCCUCCCCUUUUAUUUAUUUAUUUUUUUUGACACGGAAUCUUGCCCUAUUUCCCAGGCUGGAGUGCAAUGGCGUGAUCUCGGCUCACUACAACCUCCGCCUCCCGAGUUGAAAUGAUUCUCCUGCCUCAGCUUCCUGAGUAGCUGGGAUUAUAGGCACCCACCACCACGCCCAGCUAAUUUUUGUAUUUGUAGUAGAGAUGGGGUUUCACCAUGUUGGCCAGGCUGGUCUUGAACUCCUGAUCUCAUGAUCCACCUGCCUCAGCCUCCCAAAGUGCUGGGAUUACAGGCGUGAGCCACUGUGCCUGGCCUCCCUUAAGUGUUCUAUCCACCAUAGCUUGUCUUUUCAUACACCUGUCAGUCUGUCUGCUCUCAGCAUACCUAGUUUCUGGCCUCCUGGUCAACCUAAACUCUCGAUUCAUUAUUCACAGAUACUUUGAUUGACUGCUUUAAACCCAUUGAUUCACUUUGACCUUUAAAUUCUGGAUGACUCUGGUUGCCUGUGCCACUGUGCUGACUUCCACAACUUCCCUGGACCUCCAAUCCAUGAUAGUUCUUGGUUUUCCAAGCUCUAUUACCAAAUCAUAACCCGUAUCUACCAUCCUCAGUCAAACACAGAUCAAGAACACACCACACCACCCUACAGGUACGCUCAUUUAAAUGGUUCCAAGAAGCAGAGCUCCAGAUGCAUAUAUUUUUAUUUACAAGAGAUCUUCAUGAGAAAGGACAGCCUAAAUUCUUCAGCAGUAGUCUAGGCAACUCACUAAAUUAAUGAGAUUAUCCUAAAACAGGCCUGAUUUUGCAUAUAUCAAAGGAUUUAUUUUUUUCUCACUCACUUGGAGUUUGAAUAUAAAAGUCUGAUUCAUUGACUAAUCCAAUCUCCAUGGACCAACUCAAGACAGAUCAUUCAUGGCAGCUUUUUGUUUUGUUUUCUUUGUGUUGGAUUUUUCUACUGUCGUUGGUCUGGGUGUGGUUUCAUGAGAAGACUUUAGUUAAAAUAACGAACAAUUUUUUUAAUUUAAUUUUUUUAAUAUUUGAUUUGAUUUUUAGGGACAGGGUCUUGCUCUGUUGCCCAAGCUGGAGUGCAGUGGUGCAAUCAUAGCUCACUGUAGCCUCUCACUCCCAGGGUCAAGCAAUCCUCCAGCCUCAGCUUCCCAAGUAGCUGGGACUUAGGCCCCCCAGCUAAUUUUUUUUAUUUUUGUAGAGAUGGGGUCUUUCUAUGUUGCCCGGGCUGGUCUUGAACUCCUGGCCUCGAGUGAUCUUCCAGCCUCAGUCUCCCAAAGCAUUGGGAUUACAAGCAUAAGCUGCUGUACCCAGCCUAUAUUUUUAAUUUUAACUAUCAUUUAUAGAGUGAUCGAGAUUUCUCUAGCAAAUAUAGAAAAUAUGAUGGACUAGAAUAAAAUAGAUUUAUUUUGUUUUUACCACAGUCAUGAUGGAAUGCGGAGGGCUUGUUGGAGUCCCGACCUCUGGACUCAGUGACACUGUGGGACUGGGCCCUGGGGAGAGACAGUGCCGUGGUCAGCAGAGAGUCUCCCAGCUGGGCUCUUCGAAUGGCCAGAUACCAUUUACACCUCUGCUUUCUUUUUCCCCUUGAGAAAAGCAUUCUAAGAAAUAAGAGAAAAAUGCAGUCUAGAAAAUGGCUUCCAAAAGUCAUUAGUUUGCCAAAACUGCAUCUGCCCUCCAGCAGGGAUGUUGACCCCACUUACAUCAGUGCAGCCUCUCCAUUCCCAUUCAUCAGGUCCCCAGCAUUGUGAAUGCCGUGGUGAGUGUUGUUUUCUUUCCAAAUAAGAAAAGGAAUGGGGUGCUUAAAGACCCGCUCUUGAGAAGCCAACGUGAGAAGAACAAUGGCCCUGCCUGUUAGAGAGUUUCAGCUGCACCAGGGUGGAUUUUAUGUAGGCAUGGCCAUCUAAAAGCAGCAAGAGAAGCCACAGCCUGUGUUUUAACAGAACAUACAUAGUUUCAUUCAUUCAGUAGUCAUUACAUUCCCAUUACACUCAAGACGCUAGGGAUUUUUUAAAAAGAAAGACUGCUACUUUAGAAAGACGAGUUUUAGAGAGCAAAGAGACGAUGAGAAAUGAAUAGUGCAUUGAAAACUGAAAACCCUUCUAAUACCUACUAUAAAAAAUGUAAUACCCCCAACGAGUCAAGAGUUCAAAGGAAUUUAAGUUAUAGGUUAAAACAGUGUUCUUAGCUCUGUUUACCUCUUAUAAAUUCUACUUGACCUCCUUCAUAUCUGAGACACUGACUUGCUCCUCACUGAGCAAUCCUCCAACCUCUUCCCAGCUUCUAGACACACAUUUUCUAACUUCUUAAUUCCUCUUUGGAAAGGAAGUGUUAAUUAUCUCCCAAACAACUCUCCUGUGAGCAUUAAGUCAGCUUAAUCGUCCUCUGCGAAAAGGAAGUGACUCUAGGCCCACCUGCCCUUCUCUCUGGAGACCCCUUUCUCAAGCAAGCAGACCUCCUUUUCUUAUGAACAGGACCCCCACUCUACAACUUCACUCCCACUAGGCCCCAGACCUGCGUGUAACCCCUAAACAAAACAAAUACAUAUUUUUUCACAUAAGGCUUUGAUUACACAUACGCAUGCUUGCGAAGUACGUACUCAAAAAUCAUCCUUGGGAAAGGAUGAAUUUCAUGGAAACCAAAUAACAGGAGAUUAAGAAAAGAGGGUCUGAGGGCAUUUAAUUUCCAACUCAUGGCCUGGACUGAUUUAAUUCAGGCGGCUCUGAUCUUAUUUCUACUGGGGCCUGGUGUGCAUAUGGGAGCUUACUUUCCUAAGGGGUAAUUGAUAGAUGACAUCACUUUUAUGGCCAUAGGAUCACUUGUAUAAUCAUGUGUGGAGCUUGCGGGGAAUAUUUCUAAACAUAGCUCUUGGCUUGCUGCUUGGGAGUGCUUAAGUCAGAGGGCAGCUCCUGCCUCUCCUGUACUUUCCCAGGGACCCAAAAUAUUUUUAUAUACACAGCAAAGCAUCUUUAAAAGAUUAUUCUCCAGUCCCCGAGAUGAACACAGUGAGUUUCCUAGCAUUUAUAUAAAUGAGUUUUUUGGGUUCUCAGGUUGAGAAACGAUGAUGCCAUGAUGACUUUUGGUUGGAGCUGGGACGUUUUCCAGACCCAAAUAUGGGAUUAAAUGUGUGAGUGAGCAAUCCUGAAAUGCCUUGGGAUUUCAAAAGACUGUUUGGGUUUGGGUUUUGCAUAUCACCCACUCAGUUAGCUGUACCAGUGCUAUUUCUAAAUAGCAUUUUUUUUCCCAAAGAACUGGAACCCAGAUUAGAAAAUGACAAAUGGUAACUUCCAAAAAUAUUUGGACUUUUGCCCCAUGGUGGGUGUGAGAGUCAGGAGCAGAAGAAGGUGGUAUGGAGGGGCUGUUGAGAGAGGAAGAGAACAUUCUGGGCUCUUCUGUACUCCAGCCUCUUUUCCCCAGAUUCCAUCUGCUGCAGCCUGCUGGGGGCUAAAGCAUGGGGGACUGCAGACCAGCCCCCUAAAAGCAGCCCUUUCUGUUGCUGCCUCCACCCUAUCCUACCCAAAGGCCACGUCAUAGAAUCCACCUAGAAAACCAAGAACACCACCACUUCACACUCAUUAGGAUGGCUGUAAUCAGAAACAAAAUUGGCAAGGAGGUAGAGAAAUUGGAACCUUCACACACUGCUAGUGGAAAUGUAAAAUGGUACAGCUGCUUUGGAAAACUGUCUGGCAGUUCCUCAAAUGGUUCAACAAAUAAUGACCAUCUGACCCAGCAAUUCCACUCCUAGGUAUGUGCCCAAGAGACAAGAGAAACAUACACCUCAUAAAAAUGCUUACACAAGUGUUUAUAGCAGCAUCAUUCAUAAUAGCCAGAGAGUGGGAACAACCCACAUGUCCAUCAACUGAUGCAUGGAUACACAAAAUAUGGUCUAUCCACAAUCAAAUGUUAUUCAGCAAAUAAAAAAAAAUGUACUGGCACAUGCUACAAUAUGGAUGAAUCUUGAAAACAUUACGCUGAGUGAAAGAAGUCAGCCACGAAGACCCCAUUAAUAUAAAAUGUCCAAAAGAGGCAAAUCUAUGGAGACAGAAAGGAGAUUAAAGGCUGCCAGUAGCUAGGGGGAUUGAAGAGAAAUGGGGAAUGACAAUGACAGCUAAUGGGUGUGGUUUUCUUUUGGGGGAUGAAAACGUUCUAAAAUUAGAUUGUGGCAAUGGUUGCACAACCCUAUGAUUAAACUAAGAAACCACUGAAUUGUACAUUUUAAAUGACUGAAGUAUAUGGUAUAUCAAUUAUAUCUCAAUAAGGUAUUCUUACGUUUUUAAGAGCACUGACAAAGAGUGAUAGGCCACCUUCAUUUAAAGAACAAAGCUUCCAACACUACUGCUGCCCAGCAUUUUGAUUACACGUGGAGAUUGCUUAACGGCAUUCAGUGGAUGGAAAGAAAGAAAUCUGCAGUAAAUUUAAACCUCAUUUUGAGUCUUGUGUUGGAAGGCAGGAAAGGAAUGUGGAAUUAAAACACGGAUUAGUAGUUAAGACCUGGAAAAGUCCUUACGUGACACAGAAGUAGAGGACGACUGCUCACUGCUCACAAAGCACAAAAGAAAUCUGCUUUCUACAAAACCAGAAAAUACGACUGAUGGGCAUUUCUGAGUGCCUCUCUGCCUUUCCCUCUCACUCUUGUAGAUUUACUUAUUUUCCUAUCACCUUCUCACUUUGGAAUAAAUCGGCUAUUGAUCUUCUUUUGUUCUUCCAAGAGAACAGAUCUGACUUAGGCUAAGGCGUUAAUUCCUUGAAGUUUCUUGAUAUCAGGCCUCAAAUGUACUGGGCUUUGCUAUUGGAGAAAUUGUCCUUUACUAUGAGAUCAGAUCAGUAAAAGAUAACAAACUGCAUCCAAGAGAGUCUUUUUAAAAAUGCUACUUGCACUAGUAGCUCACUUUGACCUGAGAUAGAAUAGUUCUUUAACCAAUCUUACGGCUGACGUUUUUACAAAUAGAUAGUAAUAAAUAAUGCCUGAAUGAUUAAGAUGGGUUACAUUAGAUUGCACUUCUGAGCAUAUUUCUUUAGUUGCUAUAAAUAUACUUCUCCAUGUGUAUGCUGUUUUCUGUGUAUUUAUGUAUUUGCAAAUUUUGUUCAUAAUAGCACUACACAUUACUUGCAACUGAGUUUUUCCUAUUCUUUUUCAAGGCAGUAAUUAUGUCUUAAAACAUUCCCAGAACCAGGCAAAGGCAUUUGUUGCUUAAAAAAAUAAUUCCUCUGUCUUUACAGAAGCAGUGAACAAGGGUCUGGGAGGAGGGACAGAAAACACAGAAACUCCGAGAUAGGGAAGAUGAUUAACCAGUGGGACGGAGGUGGGAGCUGCAGGGGAUGGGGCUGGGAGUCUGUACCUGGCAGUCCUCCCUGCCAUGCCAAGGUCCCACCUCCUCUUCUGUUCUGUCUUUGGGCAGGGGAACUCCUGGUACCAGCAACACCUGCCUCCCUCCCAGGUCAGCCACUGAGUUAGGGCUCCCAGCCCAAGUUCCCUUCCCCAAUGUGUAAUCCCAGGACCAAGACCUUGGCUUCUCCUUGGGAUGUUUUUCCAGGACUUACAAUAGGCAAACACUCAGCAACUCACCGCAUCUGGCCAGCUAACUCAAUACUUGACUCUUUUCACCCCUAGUAGUAGCAAAAGUCUCAUGGAAGGAGGAGUGAGACAGUGACUGCUCCUCACUCUGUCUUCCUGGUGUCUAACAUGGUAUUCCCUACCCUUUAGACACCGAGAGGUCACUCUGUCCUCAUCCAUUACCCUUUAGGUUUUGCGAUCAACUGUCUAAGUGGUAAACUGCCUAGAAGAUGCUGAUUUUCUAUAAUUCUUGAGAAAAGAAUAAGGAAAGUGAUGAAGAGAGGUUGGGAGUUAGACCAGUCCAGGUCAUGUGUCCGCCUGGUGAGCCCUGGUGUCUUGCUCCAGCCUCGUCACAGUGUGCAGGGGUCUGGCUGGCUGCUUGCACCGCCUGUGCUGGGACCUCCUCUGGUGAAGAGGAUGAAGGUGUGUACACACACACAAAGAAACACAAGAGACAGACACAUACAUAGAGAUUCAGAGAGAUUCACAGAGACACACAGACACACACAUGACCCACAGAAAACACAGACACAACACACAUAGAGAUUCACACACACGUACACAGACACACACAAAGAAACACAAGAGACAGACACAUACAUAGAGAUUCAGAGAGAUUCACAGAGACACACAGACACACACAUAGAUACACAAUGACCCACAGAAAACACAGACACAACACACAUAGAGAUUCACACACACGUACACAGACACACACAUAGGCACACAAGAGACAGACACAUACAUAGAGAUUCAGAGAGAUUCACAGAGACACACAGACACACACAUAGAUACACAAUGACCCACACAAACACACAGACACAGCACACAUAUACAUAGGUGCACACACAGACACACAAUGACACACAGACACAUAAUAGUCAAACAGACACACGAAUAGACACGAGACACACAUACGCACAGACACAUAUGCACAGACACACACAUAGAGACAAAGACAUACACAGUAGACACACACAUACACACAGACACAGACACACACACAGAGGCUCAGAGAUAGGCACACACAUACAUACACAUACACAUUAACAUAUAUAGACAUACACACAGACACAGAGACUCACAAAGACACACUCACAGACACACAGUAGACACACACACACAGGCACAUACAUAGAGACUCACAGAUCCAGGCACACACACACAUACACACAGGCACACAUGGACACACAUACACACACAGACUCAGAGACAUGCACAUGCAUACUCAGACACGCACAGACACACAUGCACUCAUACAGACACACACGCACCUGUAGUGAAUUGCUCUGAGCUUUUUAAAUCCCUUUGAAAGCAAGGGCGUUGUUCUCAAUGGCAGCCAUGCCAUUUGCAUGCACAGCCUCUCAGAGGCCAUGUGGGGAGCUGCCUUGUGAAACUGAAUUAGCGAUUUAAAGGCUAGGGCAGAGCCAGGCGCAGUGGCUCACACCUGUAAUCCCAGCACUUUGGGAGAGCGAGGCGGGUGGAUCACCUGAGGUCAGGAGUUCGAGACUAGCCUGGCCAGCGUGGUGAAACCCCAUCUCUACUAAAAAUACAAAAAUUAGCCAGGCGUGGUGGCGGGUGCCUGUAAUCCCAGAUACUCAGGAGGCUGAGACAGGAGAAUCACUUGAACCCAAGAGGCGGAGGUUGCAGUGAGCUGAGAUUGCGUCAUUGCACUCCAGUCUGGACAACAGAGCAAGACUCCGCCUCCAUCAAUCAAUCAAUCAGUCAAGGCUAGGGCAGAAUCAUGUAGAUGAUUGAAGAUACAGGGCCAGUGAAAUCAGGCAGCAUCCUCCAACAGCACUGUCACCCCAAGCUUCCAUGGGCACAGAGACAGGCGUCUCCUGCUGGUGUCUCCGAUUGCAGACUCCAGAGCAAGCCCCGCUAAAGAAUGCCACUUGUCCCCGCAAAUGGUAAAGAUAUCAGGGCAGCGUGAGUAGGUCUUGCUGUUCUCAGGAAUUCUUGUUUAUAUUCAGUCAUUUUUCAAAAGAGCUUAUUAUGGCACCUUUAUACUCAAAAGAUUCCCCGACCAUAAGCUAAAUAUAUAUAUUUCACUUUUUUAAUUUUUAAAGUCACAUUACUUCAUCAUAGAAUGAAACAAUGCCUUUAGAACUGUCACUAUCCAGAGGCGGAGCUUUCAGUGAGCCGAGAUCGCACCACUGCACUCCAGCCCGGUCGACUGAGCAAGGCUCCGUCUCAAAAAAAAAAAAACAAAAAAAAAAAAAAAAAAAAAAGAACUGUCUCUAUCCAGUCAUAAUUACAUGCUUUAGAUAAGAGUCUGGUUCACAGCCAAGAUCUCCAGAGGAUGGAGAGUGUUCGUUCAGAGCACACACACUGAAACUAACUAUAAUAUAUCUUGCAUGUGUUUUUUCAUGAAAAUACCGAUGCAGUUAGCUAAUGUUAAUGGAAGCAUCAUUUUCUGCAUACUGUUUGCUUUUUAAUUUAAUUUCCUCUUCACCCUCCCUCCCUUUCACCCUCCCUCCCUGCCUUCCUCCUUCCUUCUUCCCUUCCUUCCUUUCUUCUUAUCUUCCUAUCGUCCUCCCUUCCUUCCCCUCCCCUCACUUCUCUUCCCUCUUAGAUAAAACUUUCUGGUGAUGGGGUGUUUGUAGAAAGGCAAGGUUCUGUAGAAUCCAUCUGCUUUUCAUUACUGGGGUGUAAAAAUAAGGGAAUAGUAUACAGGAAUAAAAUUAUGCACCGUGUUUUGCCUUAGGGCGAUUAUUCAUGGAAAAAUGAUAAAACUAUCCAAAAAAGAGUUUGCAUUAAAAUGGGCCAGGUGAGGUGGCUCAUGCCUGUAAUCCCAGCACUUUGGGAGGCCGAGGCAGGAUGAUCACAGGAGGCCAAGAGCUUGAGAUCAGCCUGGGCAACAUAGAGAGACUCCCCCAAAAAUAAAUAAAUAAAUAAAGGCUGCCUUAUAUUAAUUAAACAAAUUAGCGCAUAAAUUCAAAGCAAAAGGAGAAAAGGUAUUAAAAGAACAUAAUUUAGAGAACCACAAAUUUUUACCCUAAGAGUUUCAUAUUAUCAGUGGUAGAUAAUGUCCUUGAAUUACCAGAUCAUAAGUGGGGGAAAAAAUAUCAGCCACAUGCCAUGGUCUUUAUUAUCCACUUUAAGUAUGUCACCUCAUUUAAUCCUCACAACCUAGUGAGGUAGGUAUUAUUUCCAUCUGACAGAUCAAGAAAUAAGUCAGAAGAGUUAAUUAAUUUGUCUGAGGCCACACAGAAAAUGACAGAGCCAAAUUCAAACUGAGGUUACAUAGGACUCCAGGACGCUCCAGUAGAUUAGGAGACUUUACAUUUCUACUUUUCUGAUGGUAUUAGUUAGGGUCAAAGAGACAGAUAAUAAAUAAACAAAUGGAAUGUGGAGAAGGCAAACAUGCCUUAUAACUUACCAUGAUUUUUCAGACUGUGCAAUCAAAAUGACAUUAAAGAUUAAACAUGCUCCUUGUCUUAAUUGUACAGCUAGGUGGUGGCUGCAUUCUCCCCUCCCCCUUCUUUCCCUUCCAGCUUUGGAAUCUCACCUUUUGGUAUAUAAUUUAUUGAAUUAGGAUGCAGAUGCCCUUCUAAAAUAAUCAACAAUCAAAACAACUUAUGAAAUUCCAGUGGUUAUGACACAUUUAAUUGAAUGACUUUCCUUGGGUUAAUUUCUACCUGUAGCUUACCCAACAUGCAAUAAAAUAGCAAGACCGUUUAUAGGAAGUAACCCAUCGUGGGAAAAAAAAAUGGGAUAGGCUGACUUUACCUCCUUUUCCCUGCUUUCCUCCAAAUCUUGGAUGUUGAUAUGAAAUCCAUCAGAUAAGUAUUCUUUCCAGCCAUUUCAAUCCCAACCUAAACUUGGGACGCUUCCAAAGAAAAUGCCUGGCUUUUUACAAAUUGCCCACAGAAAUGGCAAUUUCUCCAGCGCUGCUACAGAACGGGACUUUUUGCUUGACCACGUGGAAACUCGUGGGUUCUCCAAGUUGUAAAGAGUUAAGAAAAGAGAUGGAAUGUCUGGGGAAUGUUGCAGGGAAGGCUGCAGCUCUCUGCUCUCAGCUUUCUCACCCUGGAGGGGAUCCCGGCACUCAGUGAUGCUUCGGGGUUUGAGGUCUUCCCUAAGUUCUGUUUGAUCUGCCGAAGAGCCAGCCUCAGUCCACUGAGAAACAGGGAUGUGCCGUUAUCUGCACACUGUGGUUUAUUUUUACCUUGUCCCUGGUGAGUCCCCAGAGACAAGGAGAAAACAUUUUAGGAGGGAGUUAGGAGCCUUUUGCUUAUCCUUGAAGGAAAGCAGUCUCUGAGGAUUAGUGAGGGUGGUGGUGAGGGUAGGUAGGGGGAGGAGAGUCAGAGGAAUCAGAGUUAUUUGGACUGCAUUUUUUCUUGCCUGACUAAAUCUUACUGACAUUGGCACUUUGUGUCACUAAAAGAACACAGCCCUGGAUGUGGGGCCAGGGACCAGAGGGUUGUCGGCAGAGUCUGGGGCUGGCAUGGCUGCUGGGUUGCUUGGCUCUGAGGACCCACCGUGGAGCUGGAACCUGACUAGUCGGGCGCUGAGGACCUGCCAAGUGGGGAACAUUCAAGUUCUGCAGCUGCUGCUAAAACCAUGGUGCAUCUCCAGGGCCGUCUAUCAGAUGACGGAGGGCCGCCGAUGUCAAGUACAUCUUCUUGAUGACAGGAAGCUGGAACUCCUAGUACAGCCCAAGCUGUUGGCCAAGGAGCUUCUUGACCUUGUGGCUUCUCACUUCAAUCUGAAGGAAAAGGAGUACUUUGGAAUAGCAUUCACAGAUGAAACGGGACACUUAAACUGGCUUCAACUAGAUCGAAGAGUGUUAGAACAUGACUUCCCUAAGAAGUCAGGACCCGUGGUGUUAUACUUUUGUGUCAGGUUCUAUAUAGAAAGCAUUUCAUACCUGAAGGAUAAUGCCACCAUCGAGCUUUUCUUUCUGAACGCGAAGUCCUGCAUCUACAAGGAGCUUAUCGACGUUGACAGUGAAGUGGUGUUUGAAUUAGCUUCCUAUAUUUUACAGGAGGCAAAGGGAGAUUUUUCUAGCAAUGAAGUUGUGAGGAGUGACUUGAAGAAGCUGCCAGCCCUUCCCACCCAAGCCCUGAAGGAGCACCCUUCCCUGGCCUACUGUGAAGACAGAGUCAUUGAGCACUACAAGAAACUGAACGGUCAGACAAGAGGUCAAGCAAUCGUGAACUACAUGAGCAUCGUGGAGUCUCUCCCAACCUACGGGGUUCACUAUUAUGCAGUGAAGGACAAGCAGGGCAUACCAUGGUGGCUGGGCCUGAGCUACAAAGGGAUCUUCCAGUAUGACUACCAUGAUAAAGUGAAGCCAAGAAAGAUAUUCCAAUGGAGACAGUUGGAAAACCUGUACUUCAGAGAAAAGAAGUUUUCCGUGGAAGUUCAUGACCCACGCAGGGCUUCAGUGACAAGGAGGACGUUUGGGCACAGCGGCAUUGCAGUGCACACGUGGUAUGCAUGUCCAGCAUUGAUCAAGUCCAUCUGGGCUAUGGCCAUAAGCCAACAUCAGUUCUAUCUGGACAGAAAGCAGAGUAAGUCCAAAAUCCAUGCAGCACGCAGCCUGAGCGAGAUCGCCAUCGACCUGACCGAGACGGGGACGCUGAAGACCUCGAAGCUGGCCAACAUGGGCAGCAAGGGGAAGAUCAUCAGCGGCAGCAGCGGCAGCCUGCUGUCUUCAGGUUCUCAGGAAUCAGAUAGCUCGCAGUCGGCCAAGAAGGACAUGCUGGCUGCCUUGAAGUCCAGGCAGGAAGCUCUGGAGGAAACCCUGCGUCAGAGGCUGGAGGAACUAAAGAAGCUGUGUCUCCGAGAAGCUGAGCUCACGGGCAAGCUGCCGGUAGAAUAUCCCCUGGAUCCAGGAGAGGAACCACCCAUUGUUCGGAGACGAAUAGGAACAGCCUUCAAACUGGAUGAACAGAAAAUCCUGCCCAAAGGAGAGGAAGCUGAGCUGGAACGCCUGGAACGAGAGUUUGCCAUUCAGUCCCAGAUUACAGAGGCCGCCCGCCGCCUAGCCAGUGACCCCAACGUCAGCAAAAAACUGAAGAAACAAAGGAAAACCUCGUAUCUGAAUGCACUGAAGAAACUGCAGGAGAUUGAAAAUGCAAUCAAUGAGAACCGCAUCAAGUCUGGGAAGAAACCCACCCAGAGGGCUUCGCUGAUCAUAGACGAUGGAAACAUUGCCAGUGAAGACAGCUCCCUCUCAGAUGCCCUUGUUCUUGAGGAUGAAGACUCUCAGGUUACCAGCACAAUAUCCCCCCUACAUUCUCCUCAUAAGGGACUCCCUCCUCGGCCACCGUCGCACAACAGGCCUCCUCCUCCCCAGUCCCUGGAGGGACUCCGGCAGAUGCACUAUCACCGCAACGACUAUGACAAGUCACCCAUCAAGCCCAAAAUGUGGAGUGAGUCCUCUUUAGAUGAACCCUAUGAGAAGGUCAAGAAGCGCUCCUCGCACAGCCAUUCCAGCAGCCACAAGCGCUUCCCCAGCACAGGAAGCUGUGCGGAAGCAGGCGGAGGAAGCAACUCCUUGCAGAACAGCCCCAUCCGCGGCCUCCCGCACUGGAACUCCCAGUCCAGCAUGCCGUCCACGCCAGACCUGCGGGUCCGGAGUCCCCACUACGUCCAUUCCACGAGGUCGGUGGACAUCAGCCCCACCCGACUGCACAGCCUCGCACUGCACUUUAGGCACCGGAGCUCCAGCCUGGAGUCCCAGGGCAAGCUCCUGGGCUCGGAGAACGACACCGGGAGCCCCGACUUCUACACCCCGCGGACUCGUAGCAGCAACGGCUCAGACCCCAUGGACGACUGCUCGUCGUGCACCAGCCACUCGAGCUCGGAGCACUACUACCCGGCGCAGAUGAACGCCAACUACUCCACGCUGGCCGAGGACUCGCCGUCCAAGGCGCGCCAGCGGCAGAGGCAGCGGCAGCGGGCGGCGGGCGCACUGGGCUCAGCCAGCUCGGGCAGCAUGCCCAACCUGGCGGCGCGCGGGGGUGCAGGGGGCGCAGGGGGCGCGGGGGGUGGUGUGUACCUGCACAGCCAGAGCCAGCCCAGCUCGCAGUACCGCAUCAAGGAGUACCCGCUGUACAUCGAGGGCGGCGCCACGCCCGUGGUAGUGCGCAGCCUGGAGAGCGACCAGGAGGGCCACUACAGCGUCAAGGCUCAGUUCAAGACGUCCAACUCCUACACGGCGGGCGGCCUGUUCAAGGAGAGCUGGCGCGGCGGCGGCGGCGACGAGGGCGACACGGGCCGCCUGACGCCGUCGCGAUCGCAGAUCCUGCGGACUCCGUCGCUGGGCCGCGAGGGCGCCCACGACAAGGGCGCGGGCCGUGCUGCCGUCUCAGACGAGCUGCGCCAGUGGUACCAGCGUUCCACCGCCUCGCACAAGGAGCACAGCCGCCUGUCGCACACCAGCUCCACCUCCUCGGACAGCGGCUCGCAGUACAGCACCUCCUCCCAGAGCACCUUCGUGGCGCACAGCAGGGUCACCAGGAUGCCCCAGAUGUGCAAGGCCACGUCAGCUGCCUUACCUCAAAGCCAGAGAAGCUCGACACCAUCAAGUGAAAUUGGAGCCACCCCCCCAAGCAGCCCCCACCACAUCCUAACCUGGCAGACUGGGAGCUACAAUGAUAGCUGUUUCCUGGAUUCCUCCCUCUAUCCAGAACUAGCUGAUGUCCAGUGGUACGGGCAGGAAAAAGCCAAGCCCGGGACCCUCGUGUGAGCCAGCCCGGCCUAAUCUGACCGCCUCAACGCCAUUCUGAGAUCACCUCACUGCCUCUCAUUUGCCUUACCCAGACGCACCGUCACCCUGCACCAGCUUCGGCCCUCAGCACUUUUUUUCUCCUGUCUCCGCAUUCCCUCCCCCUCGAAAACCUGACUGAGGAGACAUUCUGGAAGGUUCCGGUCCCACUGUGUGUCCCCUGGCGCUCUUGCCCAUAGAAAGCCAGACACCAAUCCUCAAUGGCACCUUGGUGGCUUCCCUCUGCCAUGACAGCCCCUAGGCCAGGAACCGUCAGGGGGGCCAGCCAGCAUCCAAUUCCUGCGGAUAAGUAGCGUUGGGAGAGAACGGGAAAGGGGACUUAAGUUACAGGGUGACCCAGAAAGACGAUUCAGCUGUGUCCAGCCUGCCACCCAUACGUAGGCCAACCAAGCACUUCAUGAAGAGGAGGCCUCGUGGCAUAUUCAGUUUACACCUGAAAUAUUCCUUGAUGGGACAGCUUGUGGGGAGUGGCUGUGGGGGAAGGGGAGGAUGAGAAAGGAAGCUCUCGACACCAGAGAUGCAUCGGAGGACCACAAUCAGUUCUAUGCUGCCAAAGAUUAAAAAUAAAAACAUAAAAAAUUAAGAGGGGCCAAGAGGAAGACAUUCUUUCUGCAAGGAAAUUUCUUUUAAAUUCUGAACUGCUACUACACACAAGUGAAAGUCAACCCUGUGUAAACUGGUGUCCUCUCUCUAGCCCUCUCCCUUACUGGCCCACUUCUCUCUCCGUAGAGAGCCUGAAAACCUGCCCCAAUGCCACGGUAAAGGCGAGGGAGUCUUGGCUGGCAUUGCUGACUCACAGUCGCCAUCCAUCUGGACACAAAGGAAGAGAGACCCGUGGGAGUCGUGGAAGUCGUAGAGGGUACUGUUAGCCCCGGUCCAUGCAGGGGGUUCAGCCAAGCCCAAGACUCAAAGCUGCUUUCCUUUCAGGAUCUGUAGUAACAUAAGGUGAUAAUGGCCAAAAGUGGUUCUCUCUCAUUAAAACAACCAGUAAAAGCGUAUCCUAUUUUUUUGCACAAGGUGUUUCAUUUUCUUUUUUAUGGGAAACCAAGGGAAAAGCACAUUGCGGUCCAUUCAGUGUUUAACCGUCGUGGCUCAUUUUCUGUUCGUUAGCACUUGUGUGACAAAAGAGCUCAGAUCCGACUUCUCCUAUGUGUCACUUAUUCCAAGAACCCAACUGUGCCCUUAGGUAGAAAAAUUUGACUCAUAUGUCUACUAGCCAACAGGCAGAGCAGGGUUGAAAAAAAUAUCAGCUCCCAAAGGGCCCAUGUGUCUACAUCGUCAGUUACUGUCAUGCACCACAUUUGUGUGCAGAUACCAAAAGAGGAGGAAAGAAAAAAAUUAAUGUGUGGGAGCUGCACGUUUACAUGUGUUUUGAGCUAUGCUUCAAACACAACUGGAAAGCCAUCUAUCUUCAAAGGCCUCAAAAAUACUUUUAUAACAAGUACACAACUUUAGUUGGGUGAUUCAAGAUGGCACAAAAAGGUUUCCGCAGAGGUGGUAUGCUGUGCUUUUGGCACAAGUGGUGGGGGGAUGGGGAUGGAAUUUUUUUCUCACUCUAAUGACUUCCUAUUGGAAAAUCAUUGACAGCCAGGGACAGGAGCCAGGGUGGGGGUAGUUUUGUGGGAAAGCAGAACUGAAGUUAGCUUAAGCAUAAAAAGAAAGAAAAAUCUUCGCUUUUCAUGUAUGUGGAGUCCAAGAAUAACCAUAGGCUCUACCAGACCAGCAGGGUAAGGAUGGACAUUAAAAUGAAACAAAUACCAAGGUAUUCCUUCUGCUGCAGCCUGGAGACCACCGAGAGUCGAGCUGGGGCACACACACCUGGCCGGGACCCAGCGGUGACAAGGCGGGCUGUGGCCUCCUCCACCAAGUCUCUCUAGACGAUUCAGGGCCUGCUUUCCCUAGCUCCAUGCAUGGCUGGACUGGUGAUUCCAGGGUGCAGAAGGGAUUCAUAUUCCCAGAAUGCUUUAAGUGUACACCUGCAGGAUAAAGAGAAACCGGUUAUAUUAUUAAAUGAUUCUAGGGAUUCAUUGGGGGAUAUUUUUGUUGCUUUUACUUUCCUAGUUAGAGCUACAAAGAACAGUGAUUUUUUUUUUCUCCCUUUCCCAUUCAGAAACAUUAUACAUUGGGCCAUUUUUCUUUCUCCUAAAGAAGAUUCAUGAAUAGGCAGACUGAACUGUGUGCAACAGGAAAAGUCAAAAGGGAAAAGGAAGCUGAUGAGGUUACAUGGUUACAGGUUCUACACCAUGCAGUGUAGCUUGAAAUCUAAUCUGGAGAAAACUGGAUCAAGAUUCUAGCCCACUUGAGUUGCAAGGAAUGAGAGGCAAAAAUUCUAAAGAUUUGGGUUAUAUUUUCAACUCGGGGGACAGAGAGAAAUGGAGUGGGAGCAGGAAUUACAGUUCCAGCAAACAUCAUGAUAGUCUGGUAGUCAAGACAGAGAUUAAGUAAAACAGGUUUUACUGUUUAGCUGAGUUCAGUUAAUACAAAAUGUACAUAAAACGUUAGUCCUUUGAGACUGACAUGAUUAAUGAUCAGUGUGGUGGGAAAUGAUGUAGUUAUUGUACACAAGCACUUGCAAACUCUUUAUCCCUAUUUCUUUAAAACAAAGUAAGGUGAAAUACGAAGUCCCUGGUCUGAUAUAAAGCCCCUAUUGGAUUCUUCAGAUGCGUAAAAGAAAUUGCCUGUUUCAGCCAGAAGACUGAUGAAAACACAUACAUCAGACUAUGUUGUGAGCCAGGUUGAUUUUUUAUUUUAUUAUAUGCAGGUGAGUGUUGAAACUGUUAAAAUUCCAAUUUGUUUUCAUUCAGUAUUAGUUUAGUUCUAAAUAUAGCAAACCCCAUCCAGGUGCUAUCAGAUGACCAGUUACUGCUUAGUUAACUAGGUGUAAAGUUUUACAUAUACAUUAAUGUCAAUAGUUUAUUACAAGUUGUGUAAAAUGGACUCUAGUUUAAUAAUGGGGGAAAAAAGAUUAGGUUGCUCCUGAAACUGACUGUAGAGCAUGUAAAAUGAUUUUACUGGAUUCUGUUCAACUGUAAUCAAUGAAAAAAAUGUACGUUGUAGACAAAGUUGCAGAAUUAAAAAAAGAAAUCUGCUUUUAAUUUAUUCUUUUUGUAUUAAGAAUUUGUAUAGUACCUUUACAUUUUGCAAAACAGUGUUGUCAACACUUAUUAAAGCAUUUUCAAAAUGAAAA